AUGUCAAUAGACAGCAAGCGUGUGAUGGAAGCAGGUAGCUUCAGCAGUUCGGCAAGCUGCGGGCCCAUGCGCGUUGGGGCGCUGUCGGUGCGCGGCGCCGGUCGCGGUGGCUGGCGCGGCGGCUGGCGCGGCGCGCGAGGUGCGCACGGCGUGGCUGCGGCGUUGCUUUGUCCACGUUGUGGUGGUCAGUAUACUGAUGUAGGUUCAUGUCCAGCUAUUUCGGUGAAAUGCUAUGUGUGCGGUAACUACGGCCAUUACGUUAGGAUGUGCAAAUGUAAAAAUAGUGUAAAAAAAUGUAUGAAAUAG